UGUCAGCAACGGCUAGCCCAUCAACAUCGAGACCUCGCCGCCAUGAAUAACGGGCCUGCAGAAAAGUUGGAGUCACGAGCAAUGGGACUCUUCAAGGGCGCAUUCGCCUUUUCUCGCUAUCGAUAGUCGCCACUCUGCACCGUCAGCGCCCUUGGUUAUCUCCGUCAUUCUCCGUCGCGGGCGCCCUAAACCGCCAUACAACUUAUUGAACGCCACGCGCCGCAUACUACACAUCUACGUAAACCACACAUCGCUAUGGACGAGUGUUCAGACGAACGCACGGAAGAGUUCGACACGUUGCAGUCUAUCUAUCCUGAGCUGGUGAACGAUUCCAGUAAUCCGUACACCGCGACCCUCGACCUGCUGGUGGCGCCUACGAAGCCGCUCCCCGUCACGUUUACGCCCGAACAGGAUGUCCAACGCCUGGGCUACCUUCCCUCACUGCAUGUCGAGAUCGAUCUGCCCGCCGAGUACCCCAACGAUGGACCGCCACACAUCAACAUAACAACUACCCCGCCAUGGCUGCCAGCUAGCGCCGCACAGAAGCUCGCAGAUGAGGCCAAGUCGCUAUGGGACGAAUAUGGAGGUGGCAUGGUACUGUUCGCCUAUAUUAGCUCGUUGCAGGAGCAGGCUGAGACAUGCUUCGGUAUCGAAGAGCUCACGCUAUCUGCCUCGAUGCGGAAGGAGCUGCAAGACUACAGCAAGCGGAUGAAGCGCGAGCUGUUCGACAAGGAGACGUUCGACUGCGAGGUCUGCCUAGAACCGAAGAAGGGCUCGGCGUGCUACCGAAUGGAGCGCUGCAGCCACGUCUUCUGUGUUGCCUGCUUACAAGACUACUACAACAACUGCAUCAUUGAGGGUGCUGUCAACAACGUGAAGUGCAUGUCGACAGAAUGCGGUGGCGGAAGGAAGAAGGAGCGGUUGAUAUCACCGAAAGAGCUGUUGCAAAUACCGUUGCGCCGUGAGCAAGUGGAGCGAUACGUCAACAUCAAACGAAAGAAGAAGAUGGAAUCGGACCCCAACAUCAUGUUUUGCCCGCGACAAUGGUGUCAAGGCGCGAUGCGCUCAGAUAAGUAUCCCAAGAUCAAGGACGUGAGCCAGAUUGACGAGUCGGACUCUGAAGCAGAAGAGGAUAGCCCAGCACAGUCGGAUGCUCCAACAGGGCCAGAGAAGCGCGCAGUCGGGGUCAAGGGUAUGGAUCGCCUAGCUGUCUGUGAAGACUGCACUCUCGCCUUCUGUGUCGUCUGCCUCUCGUCGUGGCAUGGCGACUUCGUGCGCUGCGAACCCCGCGACGCCAAUCAGCUCACCGAAGAGGAUCAGGCAUCCCUGAACUUCAUCAUGAAGAACACUUCGCCGUGCGCAUACUGCUCGGUUCCUUGUCAGAAGUCAUUCGGCUGCAACCACAUGACAUGUGCACAAUGCAAAACACACUUCUGCUACCUGUGCGGCGCCUGGCUGGAUCCAGGCCGUCCAUACCAACACUUCAAUGACCCAAAGAACAAGGGAUGUUUCCAGCGACUGAUGGACGGGGCCGAGGGCGACAUGCCGAAUGGCGACGUGCAAUUUGGUGGGAGACGAGGAGCCGAGCAGCUUGCCGACUUCUGGGAGCAGGAGGCAAUGCGGAUACAGAUGCAGAUCAACGAUGAAGAUACCAGGUAACACCGGCCUAUGCAACGCCUCCGUCCUGUGGUGCACAGGAUAGGCCCCAGCUCGACGACACACCUGCAGGAGCGAGGCGUCGCAGCAACGAAAGACUGUUGAAUAGCCAACAAUUCACCACGAUACCGAGUGCUCGAGCUAUUCUAGCUAUCAAUACAGACAUCCUCAACCUC